CUCUGUAGGAGGCGAAGUUAACACAAGAGCGACAAAUAAAUAAACUGUCAUUUACGAAGUUUUUGUUUAAUUUAAAAUAGCACUUGUAUUUGAAUGUAGCAGCUUAAUAAAUCCUUUUUUUUUUUCUGUAUUGUAAAAUAACUGAACACUGAUGGAACCUCCUAAAGUGACUGGUCUCUCGCCAAAGGAAGGAGAACCUGGAACAAAAGUUACAAUUCGAGGAGAAAAUUUAGGAGUUUCACAAAGAGAUUUACUUAGUCUUCAGAUAUGUGGUAUAGAGUGUCUGAUGUAUGCAGAGUGGCAUUCCCCAAGCAAAAUUGUUGCUCGAUGCGGAGCAGUUCGAGUACCACAGUAUGGAGAUGUUAUCGUUACAACAAAAUCAGGUGGAAGAGGAACGUGUACAGUUCAAUUUAAGGUUUUGGUUAGAUGCAUUGGUUUGACUGACGAAUCUGCAGUGUGGGUUGAUGAAUCUUGGUUUGGAAAAAACAGACCUACUUCACCAUCUCAGUUGUAUCCAGAUGAUCCUCUCCGGUUAUCAGAUGAGUCCAGUGUUGAAAGAUUUCCAGUUGAUGAGUUACAGGAAUUAUUUCCUGAAGGAACUGGUGAUAUUUUGUCUCAGAAUUUCGAGCCCAUUUGGUAUUUGCUAGAGAAUCAUCAUGGUGCCCGCUUUGAAGAUUUGAAAACUGGGCUUGCAUUUUUGAAAAGGAAAGUAAGCACUCAUGAUGAAGGUCCUCUUGCUUUCAUGAAGUCAAAUGUGAGCUCUGUGAUGUCUUGCCUUGAAGCCCUGGAUAUUUUAAAAUCCACUUUGGAGAAAGAUGUUCAAGCUUUGGGAAAUGACUUGGCCAUACCAGCAGAGCAGGCAAUUCAGAAGGCCAAAGAUGAAGCUUUUGGUCUUUUCGAAGAAAUGCUUACUAGGAAAGAGAAAGCAGAUUCAACGAGGAAUGCUUUGAGUGUUUUGCAAAGAUUUCGUUUUCUGUUCAACCUUCCAGCUAAUAUUGAAAAGAAUAUUCGUAAGGGUGAUUACGAGAUGGUCAUCAAUGAUUAUGCUCGCGCCAAAUCAUUAUUUCAUGACACAGAAGUAGCUGUGUUUAAAAGAGUGUAUCAGGAGGUUGAACAAAGGAUUGAGCAAUUUCGGGAAAUGUUGCUUGAGAAAUUAAAAGAACAACCAUCAACAGUUGAAGAACAAAAACGUCUAGUCAAAUUCUUAGUUAACUUGGAAACGCCUAAUGACCCAGCUUGGCAGUGUGUGUGUCAUAAUAAAACAUGGUUACUCAGUAUGCUUAAUGAGACGAAGGAUGAACACAUUACUCUUGCUGUAUCAUCAGAAAAUCAAGAAAAUUUCAAAAAUUUCACUCAGUUGUAUAUGCCUCAAGUUGUUAAAUUCAUUGUGGACAUUACUGAAAAAUUUAGCGAGCAUUUUCCUAAUAUGUGGAAGUUGGGACAGGCUUAUCUCGGAGGUCAACUGCAUAUUAGAGAGAGUUCUGAAGCCAAUGAGAAGCAAGGAUUACCUAAGAAUAUUCAAUUUAAAAACAUGGUCAUUGAAGUGAUGAAGAAGCUAUGCUGCCUCAUUCGUAUGGGUAUUCUUCCAGAUAGUUUGCAUUCCCUUUCAAUUCAGCAAUUACAAUCUUUUGGCACCUGGCCAAAGACUGAGCAUUUAACACCCUGGCUUCCAUAUUGCUUGAGAAGCAUAAGAAACUGUUUUUCUGGAUUACUGAAACAUGAAAUGCCUGAAGAUAUGUUAAAUCCAAUUCAACAACUGAUAUUUGACUUGAAGGUUCAUGCAAUGAAGACUUUGUUUUCACAAGCAUCUCAAGACAUUCAGCACUUGGAUGAGCGUGAGACAUGGGUUGUAGAAAUCGACGACAUUAAUGGUGGAACCACCCAAUUACCUUUAUUGUUUGAAAAUAGAGUUGUAGAAACUCUCCAGUUGGUUCGGGAAACAGUUUUACAGUGUGGUCCUAAAGAGACAGACAUUUUCCUUCAAAUAAAUGUGCAGGCUGCGGUAAAACAAUCUUCCCUAAGUUUAUUGCAAGCUUUUGCUACAGCUCUGGAUAAAAUGGCCGAGGUUUUAAAAAAUAAAGAUAACAAACAGCUCAAGUUACUCUCUCCAAGAAUGACUUCAUCAAACCUUUCCAUGUUUCUGGAUGAGGAAAUGGAUAAGCCUUCUGAUGAAGCAAAAUGUUUGAUUAUUUUGAGCAACUGCAGUUAUACUGUUAAGAGUGUGAUUCCAAGAUUACAGGACAGUUUGAACAAAUACGGUUAUCCAGAUAUGCAGUUAGUUAUAAAGAGCAGUGUGAGUCGCUUCCAUGAAGUGAGUUCUAAAUUAUUUAAUCUGUAUGUGGAACGAAAGUGUGAACCAGUUGCUGGUGCUAUCGAAUCUAGGAUGCAUGCAAGCUCAUUUAAUUGGGAGUGGGAUUAUAAACCAACAGGUGUCAGCUUAUACAUAAAGCAAACCAUCAUGGACAUGAUUGAAAUACAUUCUGAGGUUUUUGCCAUAUCUCCACCCUUUGUGAGCAAAGUUUUGACCAAAGUGGUUGAAGCUAUUGUUGAGGAAUUAGCCAGGUUAUAUGAAUCUGUUGAUAGCUAUGAAGGAAAUGCUAACAUCCAAGCUACUUUGAACAUCAGAGCAUUGGAAGAUGCCAUGUCUGCUUACAAAACCAAUCAGACUAGCAAAUACUUCAUGGCUUGCAGAGCGAAGUUAAAACCUUUUCCAAAUCCUAAAGAUGCAGAAUUAGUUAAUGAACUUUUAAAGACUUUCAAAAAUCAAAUAUGGUUACAACUUUUAUGCUUCAAAGAAGAUGGUUUUGUUACUGUAUAGAGGCUCUACUAAAAAUUUUGUUUUAAAAUUCUCCUUGUUUUAUUUUUUAAUUUAAAUAAUUUAUCAUAAUAAAUAUAUUGGAGCUUGGUUAAUUCCAAGCUGAUGAAA